AUGAGCGAGUUGAAAGAAGUCUUUGCUCAACAUGAUAAAAAUGGAGAUGGAACGAUUUCUGGUGAUGAUUUAGGGCAAAUAUUGCGAGCUAUUGGAUAUCAUUUGACGAAAGUUGAACAAAAAGAAUUCCCUGAAAAAACAAUUGAUUUCCCGAAAUUUCUUCAUAUUAUGGCUCAAAAAGAGAACGAAUCAAGAAAAGGAACGCAUCUUCGACAGAUUUUUCGAAUACUCGACAAAGAUGAAAAUGGUUAUAUUGGUAAAGAAGAGCUCCGUCAAGUGAUGGCUGUUCAUGGAGAGGCGAUCGACGAUGUCGAGUUGGAGUCCAUGAUUCUUGAAGCUGAUUUGAAUGGCGAUGGAUUGAUCAAUUAUGAGGAAUUUAUCAGCUUUUUACUUAAA